AUGUCAGAGGAAGAAAAAAAGAAUUUUGAAACAGAAAAAAUAAGCAAGGAGGGCACAUUGGAGACAGAUUCACAAUUGGAGGAUGAAAUUACAGAUAAGGAAAGAAGACAACUAAUUAGAAAAAUUGAUCUAUGCAUUCUACCACCUAUAUCUAUUCUCUUCUUAUUUGCGUACCUUGACCGAGCAAAUAUUGGAAAUGCCAAACUUGAGAAUCUUAUAGUAGAUUUAGAUAUGUCUCCAGAGCAGUAUCUUGUGUGCUUAUCACUUUUCUUUGUUGGAUAUUGUCUUUUCGAAAUUCCAUCCAAUAUAGCCUUGAAAUUAUUUUCUCCCAAGAUAUGGAUACCUUCUAUUAUGGUAGUUUGGGGUAUUGUUGCAACUUUGAUGGCACUUUCUUCUUCCUUUGGAGGACUACUUGCUGCUCGUUUUUUCUUGGGUGCAACUGAAGCAGGUGUGUUCCCUGGAGCGAUUUUUUAUUUAUCAAUGUGGUACCCAAGAAAGUCUCUUGUGACGCGCUUGACUUUUUUUAAUAGUGCUAUUUCCAUUGCCGGUGCUUUUGGUGGCCUCUUGGCAUGGGCCAUAGGACAUAUGAGAGGUAUAGCAGGAAAGCCUGGUUGGUUCUGGAUUUUCACUAUUGAAGGAUUAGCUACAAUUGUUGUUGCUAUUACUGGCUUUUUCACUAUAAGAAGAUUCCCAAAAGAAGACAAUUUCUUAUCACCUCGGCAAAAAAUAGUGUUGGAGGAAGUACUAUGGGAAGAUAACGACGCCAUGAGAGAAGAAAAGUUUUCCUUGAAAGAAGUCAAAAAAACUUUUAAAGAUAUCAAGGUAUGGCUUUAUAUGCUUUCUUGGAUGGGAAUUGCGUUGCCUGAAUAUUCCUUGACAUUAUUCUUACCAACAAUCAUUAAUAAUUUGGGCUACACGGCUGCUGAUGCCCAGCUUUUGACUGUUCCACCAAACGCUGCAGCCUUUAUAUGCGCGAUAACCAGUGCAUUUGCCUCGAAGAAAUUUAAUGUUCGUGCACCUAUUAUUAUUAUUGGAAUAACUGUAGCGUCAAUAGGCUACAUAAUGCUUUUAUCAAGUGGUCGUGUUGGAAUACAAUACUUAGCAACUUUUUUUGCAACAUGUGGAAUGAUGACAGCGUCAGCUCUAAUGUUUACUUGGGUGGCUACAAACGUAUCUGGCCAAACAAAGCGUGCGGUUGCUACGGCAAUUCAAAUAUCUUUUGGAGACAUAGGUGCCGUAAUUGGUUGUCAAAUGUAUAGACCGAACCAAACUCCAAGAUUUUAUUUGGGACAUGGCAUGUCUCUAGGUUUUCUUGGUCUCAGCGCUGCUUCAUCUUUUUCUUUAUGGUAUAUCCUCUCUAAAGAGAAUAAGCGAAGAGAUGAAAUUACAAAUGGCCCUCCACCUGAUCAAUCCUUUAUUCGCAGUGAAGAUUUCAAAGGGGACGACGAUGUGAGAUGGCGGUUUAUUGUUUAG